GUUUUUCUCCAUGUCAUCUAGACAAAAUGGCCACUCUGAAUUAUCAGCUUGGGCUGCUUGGACUUUUUCUGUGUGCAGUUCAACUCAUCAGCAGCUACAGCUUUAAAAGCUGCAUUGCAGAUCCAUACUAUAUCCUGACAAGUUUCAAAUGCCAAAAUCGAAACAACACAAAAAUAAUUGAUAUAGUAAAAGAUCUCCCGGAAUCCGCUGUCAAUCUCACAGCUUCUUUCAACCCUGUGCAGAACAUUCCCAACAACAGCUUUGCUCAUUUACCAAACUUGCAGUAUCUCAGUUUGGAUAAGAACCAGCUGAAUACUAUUGAUCCUUUGGCUUUUCAGACACUGCAUCAACUUAAGCAUCUAAAUUUGUCCUUUAACAAUUUGUCACACCUCAGCCCUUCAUUGUUUGAGGACCUGCAUAACCUCACCACCCUCUCGCUGACAAACAAUGUUUUAAAGGUAUUGCCUGAAGACAUUUUCUCCAAUGCUGCUAAUCUAAAAACCUUAAAUCUCAGGAAUAACAAUCUUACUCAUUUUGCUGCAGUUGUGAAGUCUGUAUCACAUCUAACAAAUCUAACGAUCUUAGAUCUUUCCUCCAACAACUUGACUUCACUCAGUGAUUUAAAUAUAUCUCUACCACAAUCCCUCAGAGUUUUAAACCUAUGUAGAAACAAUCUGCAUACUUUGGGAUGUAAUCCAUCACUCCUCAGAUUCAUCCAGGUGCUUGAUCUGUCAUUUAAUUCAAAGCUUUCCACGACAGCUUUCGAAGGAGUGGAUUUGAGAAACGUAAAGAUUCUCCAGUUGCGGUCAACAAGUGUCAAGGCAGUGGAGCUUUUAAACAUCAGCAACAUCAAUGCAGGUCAUGUUGUUUUCUCAGGGAUGGGUCUAAAGAAUGACAGUCUACUUGUGGAUUUAUGCACAAUGCUGAGAAGAAAGCUGAGUUGGAUUAAAAAUAUAGAUUUAACACAUAAUGGCAUUCAUAAUACAACAAAUGUUUCCAUGUCCGUUUGCCCUAAGAUCAUUGGAGCUUUGGAUUUAUCCAACAAUGAUCUGAAAAAAGUACACUGCUUGGACUUUUUAGGCAAACAAGUCAGUAUCAAGAAGUUUAAUGCGGAGCACAACCAUAUUACUUCACUCGAAAGCUGUAAAAAGACCCAUUUUAACAACUUAAAAGAACUGAGCUACCGUUACAAUCGCAUCCUCUCAGUCAAUGGAUAUGCUUUCAGUCACAUGCCAAAGAUUGAGAUGCUACAGCUAAACAUAAAUAAUGUUGCUUUUCUCCAUCGCAAAGCCCUAAGAGGGCUGAAAAAUCUUAAGACCCUCCGACUGGACAAUAACCUCCUUACUGAUUUGUUUAAUGACACAUUUAAAGAUAAUUACAACCUGCAAAUACUCAAUCUACGCAACAAUCGCAUUUCUGUCAUAUUUAAUGGGACUUUUAUGAACCUAAGAAAUCUAACUACAUUGGACCUUGGAGGUAAUAAGAUCACCCAAAUACAUUCUUCUGGCCUUGAUGGGUUAAAAAGUCUUUCAAAAUUCUACCUAGAUGGAAACAACCUGAAACAAAUUGACUCGUCACUCUACCGUGCAUUCCAAGACACACUUACAGUGCUGGAUUUACAAAAAAAUCUCAUUCAUUUCUACAAAAAAAGUGUCAUUUCACCAUUUGUAAAACUCCGCAAACUCAGAGAUCUGAAACUGGACAGCCAGAGAAAUUAUGGCCUUGUUGUUUUACCUCAAAAUUUUUUCAAAGGACUCCACUCGCUACAAUCUUUGUACCUCACCAACAACAAAAUAGAUUUUCUUCCUCCCGAAGCUUUUGAUGAUCUGACAAGCUUAAAAUUCCUCACACUGGAUAACUGUUGUGUUGGAGUGGCCCAAUUAAAACCAGGAGUCUUCAAGAAUGUCAGAAAUUUGACCAGGUUGGUUGUAGAAAAUAUGGGAAUUCAGAACUUCUCCAAGGAUGUAUUUGGGAAUCUUACACAGCUACGCAUGCUUCAGCUAAAUCGUAAUGUGAUGCAGAGCAUUUCUGUAGAUGCUCUUGAGAGUUUACCUAAACUCCAGUAUCUUGACAUGCGUAAUGUCCCUCUUAGCUGUACCUGCAAAAACAGCCUUCUGCAAAAUUACACAGUAAAUAACCCAAAUGUUCAGAUAGUCUAUCUCUAUGAAAUGAAAUGUCAAGCGGAUAAAAAAUUCAAAUUUCACAACUUUGAUACAAAGGUUUGCUAUAUUGAUCAAGGAAAGUAUCUGUUUUUCAGCACUGCAGUUGUGAUCUUUCUAUUUACAGUCUCUCCUUUACUUUAUGUCAAACUGUACUGGAAAAUCAAGUACAGCUACUAUGUGUUCCGCUCCUGGUUUAGUGAUCACUGGAGCAGACUCAGGGAGAAGGAGGAAAAGUGCACAUAUGAUGCUUUCAUCUCCUAUAAUUUCUCUGAUGAGGAGUGGGUCAUGAAUCAGUUGUUGCCCAACUUGGAGGGAAAUGGAUCGUCUUUUAAGCUCUGCCUGCAUCACAGGGACUUUGAGGUGGGUCGCUACAUUGUGGACAACAUCGUCACUGCAGUGUACAGCAGCAGAAAAACCAUUUGUGUUGUGAGCAAAAACUUCCUCCAGAGUGAGUGGUGCUCUCUGGAAAUCCAGCUCGCAAGUUACAGGCUCUUCGAUGAACACCGAGACGUCCUUCUGCUUGUGUUUCUGGAGCCAAUUUCUGAGAGGCAGCUGUCAUCCUACCACCGCAUGAGGAAAGUUAUGUUGAAAAAGACCUAUCUUCAGUGGCCUGGCCCUGACUGCACUGAUCCCUCACAGGCCCAAGAGCUGUUCUGGAGUCAGUUACGCAGGGCAAUCAGAGCAGGCAACAGACUGGAAACCGAAGAAAAUGACACAGAUGAAGACUUUGCUCGAACCAGCAAUGAAACAGGAAAUUAUAAGAAACUCUUAUCGGACGAUGAAGAUUAUUUGCAACCUUAAACCUGUCCCCUUUCUUUAUUGACACAAAAUAUGUAAUGCAAUUGUAAAUGUAUAUAAAUUAUUUUUUAUCCAGACACCAAUAGUAUUUAGCAUGUUAUGAUCAAUUUAUUUUUAUGUUCAUUUAUAUUCUUACAGAUUACAGAUUCUCAGAUAUUCUGUCAUACAGUUUUUCCACAAAUGUACAUCUUGUUUGGCAGUCACAACAAGUGAGAAACAACUUAGAAACAACUUCCAAAACAGCAUUUUCUAAACCAGAAAAAAACUCAAACUUCUUAGAGAAUUGUACACUUUUGUGCAUGUAUUUGUAAUGUAGCACUCAGCAUAAUAAAAGGUGUUCUAAAGAUGCAAA